GCAAGAUCGAUUUAUUCUUUAGAAUAUCUGCUGUCUUCCUUCCACUAGAAUCACUCUAGCCUCCGCUAAGAAACAAGGCCCUUCCGUCUGUGUGUUUGGCUCUCUUAUUUUCACUGCCAUGGAAUCCACCACGUCAGAAAUAGCUAUGGAUGCCGCUCCUUUCUUUCGCGUGUACAAGGAUGGGCGCAUUGAGAGGCUUGUAGGCACUGAGAUCGUCUCUCCAGGCCUUGAUCCUAAAACAAACGUUGAAUCCAAAGACGUUGUGUAUUCACAAGAAACUGGCCAAUCCGUCAGGCUUUACAUCCCAAAAAACGUCAGCUCUACUCAAAAACUCCCUCUUCUCGUGUAUUUUCAUGGUGGAGGCUUUUGCAUAGAAACUGCCUUUUCUCCUACGUACCAUAAUUACCUAAACUCCUUCGUUGCAGAAGCAAACGUCGUUUGUGUCUCGGUUGAUUACAGGAGAGCCCCCGAGCACCCUCUCCCUGCUGCUUACGAUGAUUCAUGGGAUGCCCUUAAAUGGGUUGCUUCCCAUUUCGGUGGAAAUGGUCCUGAAGAGUGGUUGAAUUGUUAUGUUGAUUUUGACAAGGUUUAUUUUUCAGGGGAUAGCGCUGGUGCCAAUAUAGUCCACCACAUGGCCAUUAAAAUUGGCAAAGAAAAGCUUGCUGGUGUUAAUCUUGUAGGUAUUGUUCUCGUACAUCCAUAUUUUUGGGGCAAAGAACCGGUUGGUGAUGAGAUUAAGGAUCCAGAUGUAAGGGCCAAAAUCGAAGGGCUUUGGCGUUUGGCCUCUCCUACAACGAUUGGAUCCGAUGAUCCAUGGAUCAAUCCUAUUGAUAAUCAAAGCUUGGCUAGCCUGGGUUGCACCAGUGUGCUUGUUUGCGUUGCUGCAAAGGAUAUGCUGAGAUAUAGGGGCUGGUACUACUUCGAGAAGUUGAAGGAGAGUGGGUUUGGAGGAGAAGUGGAGAUGAUGGAAGCCCAAGGAGAGGACCAUGUGUUCCAUCUGAUCAAUCCCACUUGUGAAAGUGCUGUGGCUAAGCUGAAAAAGGUUGCUGCUUUCAUGAGCCAGGAUAAGGCUUAGAAGUAGUAUACUUGGGUUGGUAUUCAGUUCUUUCACUUUGUUGUUGUUUUAUGUCCUGUUUAUCUUUUGAUAUCAUCAUAUUAACAUAAACAAUACUCAGCAACACAAUUGGAUAAGCAAAAGCAAAGUCAUAUGGAGGUGAACAAAUUUCAAUGAAAAAUGCUGGUAUUUGGUUAUCUAGAUUCCAUGACACAUGAAAUCGGAUGAAAUGUUAUUAUUUAUCCUUUAUAAGAAUUUUGAGUGCAUGAUUUCUGAAUUCUGACUCUUAUAUUUACUAUAGGAAUGAGUUCAAUGAGCUAAUUUGGUUUGUUACUGUUUGUAUGGUUUUAGCUUAGC